AUUAAUUGAGUGUAUGAACGACCUGUAUUAAUAACUUUUAGUUUAAGUUACGGUAUCCUUGCUGAAUUGGAGAUAGUGAACUUUAUGUUUGUCCUAACCCUGUCUAGUCUGGUUCUUCAUAGAGAUCUGUACUGCAGCAGUGUGUUGUGGUGUCGAUGGAAUCUGUACCCACUUCACACUAGUUCUCUCUAAUUAUUUAAAUGAAACACGAAAUCAUGACAUCUCUUGAGGUUGCCACAUGCGAAGAUGACAUAGUGAACAUUGAUUUGAACACUAUACCGGAUGAAGCAUUGUUUCAAGGGGGGAUACACGAUCAAGUUGACAUUGGAGUGCUAGAUGACAUUCCGUACAUAAUCAGUGAUGUGUCUAACAAUUCAAACAAUUCCUUUCCUCUUGGACCCCGAGGACCGCCGCCUCGCAAAGACGAUCCCGGGCAAUACAACUUCAGCGUCGAAAUCCACAGCAAGGAUACACACAAGAAGAAGUUCUUGUUCUCGCACAAGCUGAACCGGAUCUACGUGAACAUGGAGACCGACUUCGCUGUCCAGUUCAACUGGGAGCUGGUGGACCUCGCCGUGACGCAGAUGUACGUGCGCGCCACCGUCGUCUUCGAGGACGAGUCCCAGGCCGAGAAGAGAGUCGAGAGAUGCAUCCAGCACAAACUCUGCAGUUCCGAUAAAGGCCAGGACCGCGUCGUGUCGGAGAACGUGCUGCGCUCGUCGCGGCCCCUGGGCACCAACGACGUGCAGUACUGCGGCCACCCGGACGACCCCGACUACUGGUACUCCGUGCUGGUGCAGCUGCCCAAGCCGGGCCGGGAGCCUUGCACGCACGCCUUCAAGUUCGUCUGCAAGAACUCCUGCAGCACCGGCAUCAACCGCCGCUCCAUAGCCGUCAUCUUCACCCUGGAGAGCGCCUCCGGCUCGGUGCUGGGGCGGCAGACGGUGGGCGCGCGGGUGUGCUCGUGCACGGCGCGCGACAUGUGCAAGGACGAGGAGGCGGAGGGCGCGCGCGCGGCCAGGAAGCGGCCCCGGCGCGCAGUCGCGCCUCCUCAAGAAGAUCAAGCUGGAGACCGUCGGCGACCUGCCCGUCGACGCCGAGACCCUCACCCUGCCGCCGGUGGGUCCUCGCGCUCCGACCAACACUCACUUAACACGACCUCAAAUUUACGCAAUUACUAUAUCAUUGAGACAUAAACCUCAAGUCUCAAGUGGGUAACGUCGUGCAAGUUGUAUGUCUAUAGGCCCAAUUUAACACCAAGAAGCCGUGAGCUCUCUCAUCAUAUCCAAUAAAAAGAAAAGAAAAACAAAAUGGAGUAAUUACUACGGUCUGGCCUGUUUCUGCGGCGAUGCAAAUUUUGUCUUAUUUAAAGGGUGCGACUGUCGUCACAAUAAUAAUGUAUAAACUAAAUGAAUAUAUUUGAAAUAUACGAGUACAUAGGAUUGGUAAGAACGAAACGUAUGAAAGAGUGAGCAAGGUGUAGAAAGAUGUCAAUUCAUUUUUAAUUAUUAUAAUAAAAAAGAUUUUGGAAAAGAAGGGUAAAAGUGCAAUAGUGGAAUAGUUUCAUAUUAUGCGCCACGAUCAAUUCUACAUAUAUGUAUUUAUUUUUAUAGA